CACCGGGGAAGAGCGAUGGCGUGGCUCACACACGUUCUGGCCUGCAUCUUUGGGACAGGGUCUUGGAUGGCCAUCAACGGCGUGUGGGUCGAACUCCCACUGCUGGUAAACCACCUCCCAGAGGGCUGGUACCUUCCUUCAUUCCUCAUCAUCAUCAUCCAGCUGGCCAAUGUUGGCCCGCUUUUCAUCACUCUCAUGCACAAGCUGAAGCCCGGCAUGCUGAGCGAAGUGCCCGUCAUCUACGUCGUGGUUUCCACAGGAGCUGUGGCUUGCUUCCUCUUGGCGUUCCUCUGGCAUUACACCACUCCAGUGGGUGGGCAGAUGCACAGCACUGCCUUCUUCAUCCUGGCCUUCUUCCUCUCACUGGUAGACUGCACCUCUUCCGUCACCUUCUUACCUUUCAUGGCACGCCUCCACCCUCGCUACGUGACCACUUUUUUCAUUGGUGAAGGGCUCAGUGGAUUGAUCCCGGCUCUCUUUGCCUUGGCCCAAGGAGCAGGGAUUGCAAAAUGUGUCCAGGUGGCAAUGCCCAAUAAUGCAACGACUGGGAAUGUCAGCUUGGCCAACGGGACUUCUGGAGAUGUCCUCCACCACAUGGAAACCCAGUACUCUCCAGCCAACUUCUCCAGCCUGGUCUUCUUCAUUAUCCUCUCUGUCAUGAUGUUUUCCUGCCUGAUGGCCUUCUUUUUCCUCAACCGACUGCCCAAGGUCUGGGAGCUCUCCAAGGAGGACCUCUGUGCCAGCGAGAUCACUCUCAACAGCAUCCAGAAGAUCCCUGUGGAUGGACAAAAAACAUCAGACAAAGGGAUCUUCUCAAGCUCCACCAAGGAUGCCAAAGUGGCCAAUGGCACCAAAGAAUAUGAUGGUUUAGAUCCAGGAAAGGUUGUCUACUCUCGAGCCAGUUUCAUCUUCAUCUACGUAGUUUUGGCAUGGGUGAACGUCUUGACCAAUGGGGUCCUUCCCUCAGUGCAAAGUUACUCGUGCUUGCCUUAUAGCAACAUGGCCUACCACCUGGCUGCCACACUGAGCUCCAUAGCCAACCCUUUGGCAUGCACCAUCGCCACAUUUUUGCCCAGCAGGUCUCUCACGGUCCUGGGCAUUUUGUCAGCCACCGGAACAGCCUUUGGAGCCUAUAACAUGAGCAUGGCUGCCCUGAGCCCAUGUCCUGUCUUGCAUCACUCGGACUGGGGGGACGCCCUCAUUGUGAUUUCCUGGGUGCUCUUCACAGGGACCCUGAGUUACGUGAAGGUGAUGCUGGGGGUCAUCCUUCGGAGCCACAGCCACAGCGCACUCGUCUGGUACGGAGCGGUGGAGCAGCUCGGGUCCUUGCUGGGGGCCCUGAUCAUGUUCCCUUUGGUGAAUGUCUACAGCCUCUUCAGAUCGGCAGAUUUCUGCAGCUUCCGUUGUCCAGCAUGACCUCAGAAAUAGAGGAGAACACGGACAACCUCUGAGGCCUUCCAUGGCGGACUUGGUGGAAAUGCUUGCUUCUGGAAAUGCAACAAGCAGCCAGGAUGGAUCCCCAAAUCCAUAGGACAAAAAAGGUCAUAGAAUCCUAACGUAGGAAGAG